AUGUCCGUAGAGGAUAGGAUCGAGGAAAACCCAGCGGUCUCGACCGUUGAGCGCACCCAACCAGUCGAAACUGUCCCCACGCCAGUGCACGAGCAGCCAACCGAGAGUCAAGCAUGGAUUCCAGGAACAUAUGUAUUGCUGAACGCCAGGAGCGGAACAGCCCUCGAUCUUUCCGGCGCGGACCAGAGGUCAUUGAUCGGCUUCCCCGCACACAUGGGACAGAACCAGCAGUGGGAGUUCAUUCCGAGUGGAAGCGGUUACACCAUCAGAAGCGCAUGCGCAUCGUCUUGUGAAUUGUAUCUGUCGGUUGAAUCAGUCCGCGAUAACGCGCCGAUCAUAGCCAGCCCAUUCCCGAGCUGCUGGGACGUCCAAUUUGACGAGAAGCAUGGUAGUGCCCUGCGGUCAGUAUACAUGCAAAUGAGACUAUACGCUUCUCGUUCUUAUACUUCCUGCUUCCUAGUAUUCAUUGGCCAAACACGGACUUCGUCCUGGAUCUGGCAGAUUGGGGAAGCGCGACUCCAGGUACAAAGGUCAGCGUGA